GCUCGGAGCAGCGGCCAGGCGAGGAGGAGCAGACAUGUGGCAGAAGAGCCUUCCAAAUGCCUGGGAGAGCAUCUUUUCCUGGAUCAGGUCUUUUGAAUAUUCUCAGAAGAAUGCAGUCCUGGUCCCUGCAGCUGCCCUGGGGGUUGGAGGGAUGCUGGUUUACUGGCUGAGGUCUAGACACAAGAUCAAGACUAUUGAAAUGGGCGAUGGAUGGUGGGGCUCAGGUGAAAGACCUCUAAAAGUGAAAGAAGAUGAAAGUAUCCGUCCCUUCAAGAUUGAAACAUCUGACAAAGAAAUCGAGGACCUGCACCGCCGCCUGGAGCAGGCCCGUUACACACCGCAGCUGGAAGGGGCUGCCUUCCACUACGGCUUCAAUUCCAGCUACCUGCAGAAGGUGGUGGCCUACUGGAGGAACCAGUUCGACUGGCGCAAGCAAGUGGAAGUCCUGAACAAAUACCCCCAUUUCCAAACGACCAUUGAAGGGAUCGAUAUCCAUUUUAUCCAUGUGAAGCCCUCCUACGUCCCUCAUGGUCGAGCUGUUCAACCUCUGCUGAUGGUCCACGGCUGGCCCGGCUCCUUCUACGAGUUCUACAAGAUCAUCCCUCUGCUCACGGAGCCAGCCGAGCACGGCCUGAAUGAGGGUGACGUGGUGUUUGAGGUCAUCUGCCCAUCCAUCCCAGGCUAUGGCUUCUCAGAGGCACCACACCAGAAAGGUUUUGACACCAUAGCAACUGCUCGGAUAUUUCAUAAGCUGAUGAACAGAUUGGGCUUCAAGGAAUACUACCUACAGGGAGGAGACUGGGGAUCUCGUAUUACCACAAACAUGGCCCAGAUGCUGCCACAAUCUGUAAAAGGGCUUCAUCUGAAUCUCAUCUUCGUCAGCAGACAAGGUUUGAGAAGGAUGAUUUCUGUGAUGCUUGGGGCUUAUGUACCAUGGCUUGUAGGCCUCACUAGGGAAGAUGUUCGACGUACAUACCCUUUCAUCCAGAAGAAUAUAUAUGAACUUCUGCGAGAGUCUGGAUACUUACACAUCCAAGCCACCAAACCAGACACUGCGGGUUGUGGACUGAACGACUCCCCUGUGGGGCUUGCUGCAUAUAUUUUGGAGAAAUUCUCUACCUGGACAGAUAAAUCAUUUCUGCAUAAAGAUGAUGGAGGCUUGGAAAGCAAAUACACUCUCGAUGAGCUUUUGACCAAUGUGAUGAUUUAUUGGGUGACAUCCUCCAUUGUGUCCUCAAUGCGAUUCUACAAGGAGAACUUCUCCAAGGACCCUGGUCUAACUGCUGAUGCCAGGGUUGGAGUAUAUGUUCCCACAGGGAUUGCAGCUUUUCCUCAGGAGCUAGUACACAUACCACGUGCCUGGGCAAAGGAGACCUUCAAGAACAUCAUCACUUACUCUUACAUGCCACGUGGAGGGCAUUUUGCUGCCUUUGAGGAACCAAAGCUUCUGGCACAAGACAUCAUGCACUUUGUCAGAAAGGUCGAACAGCUGUGAACCUGCAGUUUAGAUACAUAGAUAGA